ACGCAUACAUUGAUGUGAGAAAUUCCAGUGAAAUCGAAAAAUCGAAAUCCUUUAAAUGUCAAGGGCAACAAAUAAACAGCAGGGGCCAUAACAAACGGAGCGAACGAGAAGAAAAGGAAACAAAACGAAACGAAGAAGAGCAACAAAUAAGUAAAUAAAUUUGAACGAUUAAGCAGCAGCAGCAGAAUGUCCCAUCCGGCUCAUGGAAGGCCGCCCAACAAUGCCUCCGCCCAAGCCACAUCCUACUCAUCCUCGUCGUCGUCGACGUCCUCAACGCCCGUGUCACUGACAGUGCCGCCGGCAGGCACAGCCGCCGCCUCAUCCGCUGGAGGAUCAUAUGGAGCUGCGAAGGACAAGGAUAAAGUUGGUCUACCUCCCGUUUACCUAACCCUGAAUGAUCAUGCCAACAAGCUGGAGCAGAUGCACUCAGCCUCUGGUACCGGUUCCGGGUCCAGCACCUGGGAUGAGCACCGCACCGCCGAUGUCUGGCUCUCGUCACUGCACAGCGUCAUCUUUAUCAUUACGUGCGCCCUGGCCGUGUUUAUACUCUUUCGCAACGUUCUCACCUGGCAUUUGCAGAGCUUUUGGGGCGCCUCCGGUGACUUUUGGCAAUCGCAGUGGGACAAGUUCAUCGAUUCCUUUGGCGAUGAGCCCAUGGUACUCUGGGUCUUUGGCACCACUAUAUUCACGAUGAUCGUUUACUGGACCGUUGGCACAAUCUACACAUUCAUGGACCUAACGAACCGGCCGGCCUGUCUGCGCAAAUACAAGAUCCAGCCGGGCACCAAUGAGCCCGUCGAGACGCGACGCCUGCUGAAGGUCAUUUGGUGUGUGAUCUUUAAUCAAAUAUUUGUGGGCAUACCACUGGCCUAUGGCAGCUAUCGGCUGAUGGAGAUCCGUGGCCUGAGCGACAUACGGGACCUGCCUACGUUCCACUGGGUAUGCUUCGAGCUGACCGUCUGCAUACUGAUGGAGGAGCUGGGAUUCUACUACUCGCACCGCCUGCUGCACCACAAGUUCAUCUACAAGUAUAUCCACAAGCAGCACCAUGAGUGGACGGCCCCCAUAUCGGUGACGGCCAUCUAUUGCCAUCCCAUCGAGCAUAUUUUCAGCAACCUGCUGCCACCCUUUUUGGGUGUAUUUCUUAUGGGCAGCCAUGUGGCCACCGCCUGGCUGUGGUUCGCCCUCGCCAUUCUGUCCACCCUCAAUGCCCAUUCUGGCUACCACUUGCCCUUCUUCCCCAGCCCAGAGGCUCACGACUUUCACCAUCUUAAAUUCAGCAACUGCUUUGGCGUGCUGGGAGUGCUCGACCGCCUGCAUGGCACUGACUCGCUGUUCCGUGCCACCAAGUCCUACGCUCGCCACAUUAUGAUGCUCAGCUUCAAGCCGCCACGCGACGCCUUUCCCGAUUCCACCAUGAAGUGAACGGGCUGGGAGCCCCCACACACACAGGCACGCGCCACUGCAUCAGCAUUCCUUUACACAAAAACAAAAACAAAACAGGAAAAAUCUCUGUGUAUACAAAUCUCAUUGUGAUAUAAGCAGGCCAGAACCGAUCCCUGAUCCAGCUCCUAAAUAUAUUUUGUACACGAACGCCGCACGCAUGCCGCACACAGCGCCACUUCAUGAUAUAUCAUAUAACGAUCUAGAUCCCUCGUCCAGCCUUAGCAGCACCUGCACCAGCGCCAGCGCCAGCACUCGCUCGUCCAACGAGGGCGACAGACAACCAGCCCCACCCCAAUACCAACCCAUGACUAUGUUAAUCGAAAUAUAAAUACUCGUAUGAGAACUAAAUGUAAA